AUGUUUCCUAUAAGUUCCACAUGGGAUACUCAAAAUACACAACCCACAAUAGAAAAUCGUAAUCGUUUUUGGUUCCCCGGACCGGCAGGAAGUAUGUUAAUGGAUAUGAAAUAUCAUCGAGGUUUUGUACAAAUUAAACAAUCUCUUGAUUUGGUUGAAUCUGGAUAUCUUACGGAGACAAAACGUCAAGGUUUCUUUGACUUUUUAUUGGGUUUUAGUGAUGAUUCAGAUGGUACUCUUAAAUAUGCUAUAGAUGAUUUGGAAUUUCAUACGAAACAGUUCCCAUAUCCAGCUUAUACGGAGGAUGAUUUCAAAACUGGUAUUUAUUUGGCUCAAGCUAUACAGUGUGCAUUCUUUUUGGGUCUAGUAGCAGAAAUCGCCUCUUGUGUGAGACAUUUGAUAUGGAUGCGAGAGUCGAGAAAUUCUAUGAUCAUGCGCUCUAUGGGCUUGAAACCUUGCUCCGAAUUGACUUCCUGGUGUAUAGUGACUUUUUUGGAAUUACUUAUAAUAUUUAUCGGCUGCAGUAUUAUUUUAUAUUCAGGCGGUAUGGUGGUCUAUACCAAAUGGUUGUUUGUUAUGAUUUAUCUCUGUAUCUUUGGAGCUUGUCUUAUAUCUUUCUGCUACUUGUGUUCAACUUUCUUUAUGUCAGCCACGAUAGGAGCUGUAGCCACCGCUGUCAUUUUCUUCAUUACCUUCUGUCCUUACAUUAUAGUUUUACUAUUUGAUGCUCAAUUGAAUUCUUUGCAAAAUUUUGCCAUUAAUUUAUCUUUUACCACUGCAUUUGCUCAUGGCUGGAGUCAUAUUAUGCGCAUGGAAUUGCAAGAAGUUGGUUUAAGUUUUGAGUCAGUAUUUCGUGAAGGUUUAAGGGGAGAAUACGGUUUUGCUUUGUUUAUGAUUGUACUGGAUUUGUGUAUUUAUACAUUUAUUGGUUAUGUUCACCAGAGAUUUAAGGAUGAUGAAUUCCGUUUUACUGAAGUCCAAAGAGAAGAUUUAGAUUCUAGUGUGGGUGCUACACUGACAAAUGUUACCAAAGUUUAUAAUGAAAAUAAAAUUGCUGUUAGCGACAUUUCCCUAUCGUUUCCCAGAAAUCAAGUCACUUGUCUGUUGGGUCGUAAUGGUGCUGGAAAGAGUACAAUAAUAAAAAUGCUUACCGGUCAGGUGGUGCAAACAACUGGUCGUGUUAUUCUUUCCCAGGCUAUGUCUAACUCUACCGAUUAUGAUAAGAUUGGUGUUUGUGCCCAGGAUAAUAUUUUGAUACCAAAUCUAACGGCUCGUGAGCAUUUGGAAAUGUAUGCAAAAAUAAAAUUGAAAAAUGGUUACGAAGCGGAAGUUAAUAAAACUCUAAAGAAUUUAAAUUUUGGAAAACAUGAAAGUUAUCAGGCUUCACAGUUAUCGGGUGGCUAUCAGAGGCGAUUGUGUGUGGCGAUAGCUUUUAUAGGAUCUCCCAAUGUUGUGAUCUUAGAUGAACCUUGCAAUGGUGUUGAUAAUAAAGCCCGUAAAGAUAUAUGGGACCUUAUAGAGAGAUUACGUAAAGGAAGGGCUGUCAUAUUUGCCACACAUUUCCUCGAUGAAGCUGAACAUCUUAGCGAUGUUAUAGUCAUCAUGAAGAAUGGAAAAAUUAUAGCCAAACAUAAUCCGGAAACUUUGAAAAAUCAUUGUACCUCUUACUAUGAAGUCUACAUGAAUUGCUGUGAUUCACAAACUUCUGAUGAAAUUACCAAAAAGGCCGAUAAACUGCUGACCAACUUUAGAGAAUUAGAAAAAUCUUCUACCACCGAUUUAAGGUUAAGAAUAUCCUACGAUCAACAGAAUGAAAAUUCAUCGGAAUAUUUGAAAUAUUUACAAGAACUACAAAGUCAGGGAAGAAUAAAGGAUUUGAGUGUAGAAACGGAAAAUUUGGAACAUGUUUUCAAGAAUUUGGAUAAGAAUUGUAAUGGCAGUGUUAGAUUCAAUGGUCAUGCCAUCGAUAUGAUGAAAAAUGUUAAACUAAAGAAAGAUUUCGGUUGGGAUAUGGUACGUGAGACGCCCUUGACUAGAUUCGAAGCCAUGCGCCAAUUGUUCUGGAAACGUUUAGUGCAUUUUAGCCGCAACUACAAAAUGUUGUUGUGCGUAAUAGUAUUACCGGCUCUCUUUGAAAUUUGUGCCAUGUGGUUUGUGGCUCAGCGGCUGGAAGAUGAUUUUGAUAAAACCAUACAAUUAUCACGUGAUCUAUAUCCCAAGACCACACAAAUGUUAAGUAUGGAAAAAUCUUUAGAUUUUACCCAAAAAGUUUAUGAUAAUAUGAAACAGGAUUGUUCUGCCGAAAUGCCCUGUAAACAAUUUCAUAAUUCGGAAAGAUCAUUCUAUUGGAUUCUAGAGACUUUGAAUGAUUAUCAAGAGAAACGUUAUGGUGGUUAUAGUUUCAAUGAUAGCAAAUCUAUAGUUUGGUAUAAUAACAAAGGUUAUCAUGCCAUGAUGGCCUGGUUAAAUGAUAUGAAUUCCUAUCUGCUGCAAAUCGAAACAAAUGAUACCAACUAUAAAAUAACAGCCUAUAAUGAACCCUGGGAAUUGGGUUAUAUGGAAUUGAGUACAACAUCCAUUUUACGCCAGGCUGGUGACUCCUGUAUGGCUUUCAUUUUGCUCAUAGCCUUUUCAAUGGUGGUGGCUGUAGCCUCGGUAUAUCUAGUCAAUGAACGUGUUAAAGGUGAAAAGUUACAGCAGAAAUUGUGCGGUGUCGAUGCCUCCACCUAUUGGGGUGUGGCUUUCGUUUGGGACUUUUUGAUUAUGAUUUUAGCAGUAUUGGUAUGCAGUUCCAUUAUUCUGGCUUUUGAUAUGCCAGUGUUCACCGAUCGCCAGCAACUGUGGGGUGUUAUUGUCUUGGCCUUAUUCUUUGCUUUUGCCUGCAUACCUGCCGUUCAUGUCUUCGAAAAGUGUUUCGCCGAUUCCAGUGUGGCCAUUGUUACGAUUUUCAUCUUAAAUGUCAUCAUACCUCUCUUCACCAUGUCCAUUAUUGUAUUAUUGGGUGUGGUGGGUGAUUCUGCCACCUGGGAUGAGUGGCGUUUCUUCUUAAAUCAUCGUUUAUUCCUUAUCUUCCCUCAGCAUGCUUUAGGCGAUGGUCUACUCGAAAUAUGUAAAAAUUAUAUGGUUGCAUUGGUUUUCAAACGUUACGAUAUUGAUUCUUAUAAAAAUCCUGUAACCAGUGAUUUGCUUAAACCCCACUAUAUCUCAUUAACCAUAUUGGGUAUAUUGUUUAUAUGUAUCAAUGUCCUGCUAGAGUCCGGUUUAUGGUAUAAGUGUAAGGAGAAAAUCAGUGAACGUGUGGGUCUAUUCCAAGCCAAAGAUAAGAAACAUUUUGAAGAAUUGAAAAUUGUUUCAAUACAAAAUUCUCUUAAGAGAAAUGAUAAAAUGGAUAGUACACCUGCUUUAAAAGUGGAAAAUCUUUGCAAAUCCUAUGGUAAAAAUCAAUAUGCAGUAUCGAAUAUAACGUUCUCGGUUAAUGCAGGAGAAUGCUUUGGUUUAUUGGGUAAAAAUGGUGCUGGCAAAUCGACUAUUUUCAAAAUGCUGUCGGGACAAGUGCAACCCAAUGUGGGUCAUAUUGUCUAUGAAAAUCCGGAAAUUUCCUAUUGUCCUCAAACUAAUACUUUGGAUUCCUUACUUACUGUGCGAGAAUGCAUAGAAUUUUAUGGACGUCUAAGACGUAUUACCAAUAUACCCAAGUUGGUUGCCAGCAUUUUGGAAUCUUUUCAACUGGAAACGUAUCGUGAUGUAUUGGUGAAAAAUCUAUCAGGUGGUAAUCGUCGUAAAUUAACAGUGGCUACUUCUUGUUGUGGACGCACUUCUGUGGUUUUAAUGGAUGAACCAACCAGUGAUAUGGAUCCGGUAACCAGAGCAAUUGUUUAUCGUACAAUAGAUGAUUUGUUGGCCGAAAAGAGAGCAAUAGUUUUAACUUCUCAUUCAAUAUCGGAAAUUGAUGAAACAUGUCAUCGUAUUGCCGUGCUGAAAGAGGGUCAAAUGUUAACCUGCAGUAGUCCUGAUAAUUUGAAAGCUCAAUAUGGUGGCUAUUAUAAUGUUACUGUCUAUUGUGAUCAGGAUAAGAUUAAUAAUUUGGAAAAGGAAAUACGCCGUAAAUUUUCCGAUUGUAAAGAUUUACAACUUUAUGCUCAUUCCAUUAAGUUUAGUUUGAAAGUUCAGAAUCCGAUUCAUAAUGGUGAUAAAGCUAAAGAGAAUGGUAUUGAAAUUCCCGAAGAAUUCGAAAAUAAGCAGGAACCUAUAACAACCGUUACAACUACCUCAACACCCACAGCACUUACACUCUCCGAACUCUUCCAUGAAUUACACGAUUUGUCACAACAAAUAUCGGGUUCAAUACGUUAUGCCGUUAAUAAAUGUAAAUUAGAUGCAGUAUUUGAAAGAAUUAUCGAUAAAAGUGAAGAGAAAAUAAAAUCGAAUGGUUAUACGGUACAAUCGCCCGCCCUAGAAGGUUCAGCGUCAACGGGUUACAUACAUAAUGGUUAUAUAGAAACUGAAACUGUGACAUGAUAAAGAAAGUUCAAUAAUGAGUGGGUAAAAAAGAGGGAAUAUAAAAAGCUAAGCUAAAAAUUAGGCUGUGCCUUAAUUUACCAUAGAAAAAGAAAAAAAAAAAUAAUAAUUUCGCUAUUACGAGUAAAGUUUAUUUAAUAAGAAUUAUUAAAAUAAUUGUAAAAUGUCUCAAAAGAAUAAUGUCCAAUAUUAUACAGCUUUAUAGUUUAAGUUUAGAAUUAGGACCCCUUUCAUGGAGAAGUCUUAAACAAAAUUUGUAAUGUAAUGCAAAAACUUAGUUUCUGUUUAAAUAUGUUUAAAAUACAUUUUUUAUUUAAGGGGUCGUAUUUUUUUAAGUCCUUAUGUAUUCAAUUUUUCUGGGGUUUUCUUAUGUUUAUAUGUAUAAUCUAUCUACUUUUUAUCUUCUAUUUGUAUAAAUGUUUUAAAUUUAUGUUUUAUGUAAAAAGUUUUAUAUUUUGGUUAGGUUUUAUUUUUUAUAAUUUCUUCGCUUACAAAAUUUAAUUUUUAAUUUUCAAGAAGAGCUGAGCUUUUCUUGUUUUUAUUUUAAAUGUGUGAUUGUUUACUGGGACUUUCUAUUAUUAAUUAAAAAAAAAAAA